GGGGCAAGCAGUAAUAGAUCACUAUUCUACGCAUUUGCUACUGCUUCUAUCAUUCACUCUACGUAAGACAUAAAUCAUGAGUCAGGCACCUUGUAUUGCAAGUAGAUAGGUAAACAUACUUGCGAACUGGAGCGGUCGUUAUCAAAACACAUCAACAGGAGAGAUUGUGAGCACAGUGGGAACAAGUACGAAGGGCGUCUUUCAUCGAUCGUCUAGGGUUGACCAUAGUCUGUCGUCGUCUCUCGUCUAUCGUCAGUCACCUGUUAUCAUUCAUCAUUCAUCAUUCUACUCCUCCUACCUUUGACAACCCACAAUCGUCAAGAUGUCCGCUCGCGUGGUCCCCUCCCGCAUCCUCGACGACAUGGACCUCAAAUGCGACAGCUGCUUCCGGCACGUGCCCGCGGAAACGCUGCACAAGACCAACUGCGGACACUCGUACUGCGUGGCCUGCGCGCAGGACAUCUUCCUCACGACCAUCCACUACCGCCAGAGGCCCUACUGCUGCGGCGAGCUCAUGUUCAAAGCGCCGCAGUACCACGCCAUCUUCUCCGACGAGUUCUGCUACCGCUACCGCGUCCUGUUCCUCGAGGCCCGCGCCGAGCGUAACGCCGCCCCCGGCCACCCCUCGGUCACGUGCCGCCAGUGCAUCCGCGACGGUAACGUCACCCAGCACCCGCCCGACGAGGACGGCCGACCGGCUGAGAAAAGGGACUGGAGGGAGCUGCGUGCGCGGGGCGGGAUCAUUAUCGAUGGCAAGUCCUACCCCCGAACCUGUCCCUGCGGCGCACGCAUCUGCAUCGAGUGCGGUAAGCCGUUCAACGAGGAAGACUGUACUUGUGCCAGUCGGGGUCUGGGAUGUAGAGCGACGAAUAGACCGGUCUUCAGUGUCGUGUACCUUGUCGCGGACUAAGCAGAGGAUGAGAUGGGGAUUCUAUGAAGGGCAUGAUGGGAAGAAAUUAGUUGGAGAGGAAAUGAUCUUUGCUACGUUGGCAACUUGAGUAGCUGGUUGGCAUUUCGUGUCCUGGAGGCUAUUGGACUGGUGAAUCUUUUUUUUUUUUUUUUUUUUUUUUUUCGCAAAAGAAUGAUCUUAUUUUUGGAGUGCGGUCUAUGGUUUACAUGCCUACUUAGCUGUAGUGGUUGUCGCACAGAAUUUAUCUGAUAUUCCAGUCAAUUUCGUCAUGCUUGGCUUGAGGAUGCACAUUAGGAGUUUAAUGCUACUAGUUAUACCUACUACUCAC